AUGCAUAUGAUGAUCGCUGAAGACCUUAUGCCACAACAAUCAUUUGAUACUGAGAAAAUGUAUCGAUUGAUCGGUGAUCUUGAGUUAGAAUUCGCAAUGUUGGGCUCAGAUUACUAUCUGACGACAUGGAUUGGUCAAGAUUCAAUAAGAAUCCCGAAACAAUGUUGUCAUCUAUGCUUGCUUGUCGGUGAUGCAUCUACGUUGGAGUUUCCAACCGCCUUAUCAGCAGGGGCCACAAAGAGAUUAAGAACUUUGAUUGUGCAAACGAAGGAAGAGUUUCUUAAAGAAGGUGAAAAGUGUCAAAUCACAGAGAUCCCAUCAGCCAUGUUUAUCAAUCUGGUACAUUUACGAAUAUUACAUUUAUCACAUUGUAGGAUCCAACAGUUACCUAAUACAGUUGGCAAGUUAGUUAGCUUGAGAUACCUCAACCUUUCCUACACCGAGAUCCAAUCACUUCCUAAAUAUUUCUCUAACCUUCAAAAUUUGAAGAUCCUAAAGUUGGCUCAUUGCGAAGAAUUCCAAAAACUACCCGAAUGGAUCUACAAACUCAAGAAAUUAUUGAUUUUAAAACUAGCUUAUUGUCAGAAGCUUCAAAUGCUUCCUGAGUCGAUAAUCGCCCUUACAAAUUUACAAGAGUUAGAUGUCGAAGGUUGUCAAUCAUUCAAGAAAUUACCUGAAGGUUUGGAUAACAUGAAAAAAUUGACAAUGCUAAAUGUGGACAAAUGUGUGUCCUUGACUCGAUUGCCCCAUGGAAUAGGACAAUUGACUAACCUUCAAAAGUUAUCAGUGCAUGCUACAACUGAUAGACUUGCAAGUAUAAUCCUAGAGUUACAGAGUUUAACAAAUCUUAAAGAACUUCGUCUGAAAAAAAUUGAACUAUCAAGCACAAAGGAUGCUCGAGCCUUAAAGUUAAAUGAUAAACAAUUUCUCAUGUGUUUGGCACUAUGUUGGGAGUGGUGUGAUAUAGAAGUUGCAUUAGCUUUUGAUGCAACAUUAUUACAUGAGCAGGUACUAGAAGACCUGAAACCUAACAUAGCUUUGAAGAAUCUAGAAAUUGUUUCUUAUAUGGGGAAGAAACUCCCGAGCUGGAUGGCAUGCAAAGAAGGAAAUCUGUGGUAUUUGAGAGAGAUUAAACUCGUCAAUCUCAGGAAAUGUGAAAGGCUACCACCGCUUGGACAACUAUAUUACCUUGAGACUGUUGAGAUAAGUGGCAUGGAUUCAAUUAGUGCAGUGGAUGAUGCAUUCUAUGGUGAUGGUAAUGGUGAUGGUGACACAUUUCCUAGAUUGAAAACCCUCAUAUUCUCAGAAAUGCCUAUGCUGGAGAGAUGGCUGGAGGCAAAAGGUGAAGGUGACAUUUUCCCGAAGCUCAAGAGGUUGAUACUAAUCCAGUGUCCAAAAUUCAAGGAAUUGCAUGUGCGACCAUCAUCAAGAAGACUCACAUUCCUUAGACUUGAACUAUGGUUGAAUAAUGACAAGUUGCUGAGCUCUGAAUUUGUAGGUUGGCAGAACCUUAUACAUGUCAGAAUCUUGAAGAUAACCGGGUGUGAAGAGCUGAUGAGGUGCUUACCACAGGGAAUCAAGCAUCUCAAGUCCCUUUAUCGUUUGGAGAUUAUCCGAUGCAACAAUUUGAUCUCUUUGCCGGAUUGGUUGGCAGAACUCACAAUUUUUUAUCCGUCGAAAGAACACAGAGUUCCUAUUAACUUGGUUGUACGAGAUUGCAUCAUGCUGUCAUUCAUUCCCGAGAGGCUCAAACAAUCGCCCUAUAUUCGCAUGACGAUUGAACGCUGUCCAAAGUUGGGGCUCUAACCGGCAAAGCAUAUGUCCAUCCGUCUUCUUCAUCGAUUUGCAAGUGUGUGUGUUGACCCAAGUGAAGUCAUCCAUCCAUGGGAGGCAAUCCUUCUUAA